AUGUCCCGCCUUUUAACCCGCCGCUACACACCCCGCCUCCGGGUUCCCGUAGCCCCCCGGCCCUCAUCAACAUUCCAAUCCCGCCCCGGUCCUCCAAAGCUCCCCGCCGAAGACCAAGCCGAAUUCGAGCGUCUGCAGCGCGCAGCGUCUGUAUCGUCUGCUUUCCAGCCCACAGAGCAAACAGCAGAGGUCACGGGAGCUACACCUGCUACAUCGCAGAUCAAGCAUACAACUACACCCGAAAAGAAAACGGAUGAUGAUAUGAACGUGGGCUACUUCCGGGGUGCGCCACCAGAGUUUGAGGGCGAUGUGAAUCCCAAGACUGGAGAGGUCGGAGGGCCCAAGAAUGACCCUCUUCGAUGGGGCGGGGAGAGCGAUUGGUCUUACAACGGACGAGCGACGGAUUUUUAA